AUGGCUAAUCUACUAGGCUCCAUAUUAUUACUGCUUACAUUCAUCCACACUCUAUGCCUCGCCCACUCUCCCAAUCUCCGCGAAAUCCACAGAUUCCCUAACGGGACCUGGGUCGAGAAUAUCGCAGUCCGACCCAACGGCAACCUCCUCGUCGCAGUGCUGAGCACAGCAGAACUCUGGGAAAUUGACCCUUCAAUUCCAUCAGGCCCCAGCUCAGCCCAUUUGGUCCACCACUUUGACGGCGCCGAAGACGCAGAUGGUAUCACAGAGCUCUCACCAGAUAUCUACGCAGUCAUUGCAUCCAACUCAGUCUGGACGGUCGAUCUCAAACACCAUGAGAAUACGCCCGAGCCAAUUCUUAUCGCAAAACUCCCCGCUGGCUAUUUGAAUGGCAUAGCUGCUCUAGACGAAGGAAAAGCAGUCGCCAUAACCGACUCCCAACUCGGCCUUAUAUGGCGUCUCGAUAUCCGUACCGGCACGUACAGCGUGAUCCACCAACACGAAACAAUGGCCGCAAAUCAUGACAUGGGUUUGUUGCUUGGGGUUAACGGAUUGAAGAUAGUAAACGAUUAUAUGUACUACAGCAACAGCCCCAAGCAUAUUUUCUGUCGUGUUCGAAUUGAUACACAUACCGGUCGUGCUUUGGGGCCUUAUGAGGUUAUCAGCCAUGAUAUACUUGCUGAUGACUUCGCUAUUGGUCCGCAUGGGGUUGGGUAUCUGGCGGGUCUUGUUGAUGAUGUGGUUAUUAGGGCCUUUCCUAAUGGAUAUCAUGAGGUCAUCGCGGGUUUGAAGGGCUCAAUGGACUUGAUGACUGCUACAUCGGCGGCUUUUGGGCGCACACAGAGAGAUCGUAAUGUUCUUUAUAUCACUACUGGUGGGGAGACGAAGCUUCCUGUUAAUGACACGAGUACCAGAGGGGGUAAGGUUAUGGCGGUUUCUGUGGAAUUUUAG